GCUUUGUCCCGCGUCCCGCCAGUCAUAAGCAGUGUCCCGCAUUUUAAUUUCGUCUUCGUCAUUUUAUUUAAUCGUCCUUUAAAUUACAUUUCUACAAUAAAAAAAAUGUUAAUAAGAAAACACGUACUGAACAUGCGCAGCGCAGCCGUUAUUAUUGGUUCUAGCGGCUAGCCAGAGCAGGAAAAUAAACACCGAGAAAAAAAAACCCACUCCUGGUGAAAGUGAACUACAGCUACACCUGCCAGGAGUUCUAAUGACACAUAAUGAAUGAGAAGGCCCUACUCUAAGCUGCCAGAUCAGACAAAAAAUAUAAAUUCAAGAUGCACUGAAUCUGGUAAGAACGCAUUUAAUCUUUCUAGUCUUUCCUAAUGGAAUUUAAAUGCUUAUUUGGAAAUGUGCUUUGUAGCGAUUGGAUUAUUAUUUUCACUUAAUUAUUUGGAUUGAAUACACACGUUCUGUUAACGUGCUGUUAACGUGCUAUUUAUGUUGAUAUUUAUUUUACUGAUAUUACUAUUAAAUAUUAUUAGUGACGUUCACAGCGCCGGUCAGCACCGUCAUUAACAUUUUUAUAAACCCUUUUAGCAAUUUAAAACAUGUUAACAUCACUGCAAAAAGAGAUAUCUAAUAAAAAAAAUCAAUAUUUAUUCACCUAGUAUAAUAAUAGUAAUUUCUCUGCCUCGUGUCCCGCAUUGUCCCGCAAAAUCAGGUCUGCUGACCUGCAACAGAGCAAUAGCCAGGUGGUCACCCUAUUUACCACAGAUAUUUUUAUGUAAAAUGUAUCGGCAUUAACGAGGUUUGACCAUUGGGGCGCUGUACGUAGCGUAAAACUGUAUUGCAAGUCUUUCCGGAUACAAUAGAUGAAGAAACCGCGCGCUUAUUUAGACUGCUCGAGGAGGAGAGUUUGAAAGUUUGCACGGAGACGAAAAUGGUAUCAUUUCUCAAAAGUUCCCGUUUUGUCUUGUUAAUGAGGGUUUAUAACGGAUAAAAAGUUAACCUAUUUCGAUUUAAUUGGUAUCUUUGCCGUUUUGAUAAAUUAUUAAAGUUGUCUUGAUAUUUUUAUUUUUUUACAAUCUUGUUUCAAAUUGAGUCUGUGUUUGUAGCAAACCAGUAAGAUGUGUUUCUUCCUCUACAAGCCAGGAGUUCAGGUGCUUAAUCACAAUGAUUGUCAAAGCACAAUUUCGGAAUAGGAAGAAAUUCAUAAAAAUCUCAGAGGCGUGCUUUGAUUUAUUUCUAGCAGAGGUGAAAGAGAAGUUCUCAAUUCCAGACGACCUUGCUGUUACAGUUACAGAUGAAACUGGUACAGAGGUGGAUAAAGAUGUGUUUCCUGAUCUAAUGUCCACCAGUGGGUUGGUUUUAGUCAUAAAUGAGUAACAUGGGAUCUUCCACACCUCAGUCUUCAGUAAGCUUGGAUACAGAUACACUGUCUCUAACUUCAAAACGCAGUGAAGAGAGUGACUGGUUUAGUCCAAAACGAUUCAGAAAGGAUGAAGAUGAUGAUGUGGCAUCACAACGAGCACAGGCCAGAGACCUGAUAAAACAAAUUCUACAGACAAGACCAGGUGGAGGAAAUGUGCUUAAGGAGUAUGAAGAUACAGGCACAAUUAGUGAUGACACAAGGAAAGUGAUGGUGAACAUCUUAGUUGCACGCAUGAUGGAGACAGAAGGAAGGGUCCCACAUCGACUUACCAAACAGAAGUAUGGAUUGGGAAUUAUCACCUUAUUUCCCUCACUCAGAGAUCCCCAAGGAAGGACUGGAUAUGAACAUUUCUAUGAUGGCCAAAAAAACACUGGAUUCUUGUCAUGGCGCCUCAAGACAGUACAAAGGGGGACAAGACCUUCUGGAAAUAAGGAAGAUCCAAAAACAGAAGAAAAGGGAGGUCCUUUGCUUGACAGACAGAUAUGUUACCAAGAACAUCAGCUAGAUAAUGAUCAAAGUGUAGAGGCCAUCUCUUUGAUGAAUCAUACAAGUGAACGUGAGGUCAUCAUGCAGAAGAUGAAGGCAACGUUUGAAUACAGACAGCGCCUUGUCCAUGAUCCAGAGGGAUCCACCACCAUUCUCUCUGUUUUUCCUCGGUUCCUGGACACUAAAGGAUUGAUUCUUCAGGACUUCACACUCCUCUUUGGGUCAGAAACUGCUUCCAGACUUUUGGAAAGGUGGCCGACAGUUUUCAAAGCAAAGGUUAUCAGACUAGGAGAAACCUUGACUCCCACUCCACUGCUGAAACGAUUACUGUCAUCUGCCAAACAGAGCAAAGAAAGCAGCGAGGCACAGGAUUCCCCAGAGUGGGACAGUGAUAUAUCAUCCUUCCUUCUACUUUUGCAUCUCCUAUCACCCCAGGCUUCAGGAAGAAAGAAAAUCCAAAGGAUCAGUAUUUCACAGGCUAUUGACCAUCUGGUGGUGUUUCACAAAGCAUGCAGGAGCAUACAGGAACACCUUGAGCUGGAGGAGAAUCGUCAGCCAUACAUUCUUGCCUCCGGGAGCAGCAAGGAAGCCAUCAGUCACUACUUCAUUGUGGUGGAUAAAAAGCUCAUCCCCUGUCAAGAAUCCUCUUCACUGGCUGCCAUUGAUGAACUCUUCAAGAUUCAUUUUGUUUUCAGUCUCAGUUAUGAUAGCCAUUGCCUAUCACUGGGAGUCAUGUACUAUCAGGGGUAUCGAGUCUGGGCCUGUUUCAAAUGAGCUGUUGUCUGACCUUGAAAACUCUGAUUUUAUUUCAGAGCAACUCCAGAUUGAUAUCUCUAGCGAGGUAAUGGUCACACCGUGGGUAAAGUGUCAAGGUACUGAGUAUCGCAGUGAUCUUGUUGUUUUCUUAGAGUUUGUUGAUGAUGCACCUGUUUUUGGAAAGAUUGUUAAAAAUUUUAUUAAGGAUGGAAUUUAUUUUUUGGUAUCGUGUAUGGAAUCAGAGUUUAUUGAACACCUUCAUGCUUUCAGUGUUGUUGAACAAGAGCAUUGUCUUGUACUCAAAAAACCUGAGGAAUUGAUGUACUACAAGCCAUUUGAUUUACAAAUGUCCUAUGGCAAUGACCAUCUUUUUUACACUGUCGGGAACUGUUAUUUGUAAUAAUUUCAUGGCAUUUAUGGUUUCUUGCUCUGUGCUGAAAUAAAGUUUUGAAACCUU